GCCUCCUCCCUCCUCUCCGCUGCCAGAUUCCACUGUCGUCCUCGACCUCGAUCUUCAUCCUCUCUUUCUCAACUCUCUCUCUUUUUUCUCUCUUGGAUUCUUCUUCAUCCCUUGUCACUGUUUUAUUCGUUGGACUUCUUCUUUGACUGUUUUUCUGCUUAGGUGAAGGCUUUUUCCCACGACUGUCCACGGCUUUUAUUGUUUUUCCUUCCUCUCACCAACGAUGUCGUCUCUUCUGAGGGAGGAGAUGCAGCGAGUUUUAUUCCGACCUUCAAAACAGAGACUGGUGGAGUUCAUCGAGAUCGAGGAGCCGACGCAGGGACGACAUUUUCUUUGUGUUGCAGUUGCAAAAAACAAAGUGGUGCAGUUGUGUAUAGUGCGGUGUCAGAUCUCUGAGCCGUCACUUAACACCGGCUCCAAGAAGACGGACACUAAACGCUCCAGCAUCCAGGACAGCUACAGGAGGACUGAGGUCUGGUCCCUGCAUGACCUGACUCUUGUGGAUGGACGGGACCCCGAUGUGGAUGACCCAUGUUUCCUGCUGCACUUUGACAAGGUGCGGACGGUGACGGCCGUCAGCUGCUCAGCCAAAUAUGCCAUUGUGCGAGCCCUGGUGGCGCUCAGCGAUCAGCACUGUAAGAUGUCACUGAACCUUCGGAACUUUGACUGGAGCUACAUCAAGCCCACCUCCUUCUACUCCAACCGAGGAGACUGUGUUGUUCUGACACAGAUCUGCUUCUAUGCAUUCAACCUGGUGUGUCUGUCCAUGUGUCCCGUGCCCCUCGAUGCAUAAUGGAAUGGAAAAAAUGACUGUGUGUAUUUGUGUGUGUGUGUGUUUGAGAUUGUGUGUGUGUCCGUAAUAAAACUGUGGCAGAUUUAUUGUAUAUAACGUGUCUUGAGUAGGAGGUGUGACCUAAGUGUAGUCUUAAUGUUGCUUCUGUUGCACAAGCGUCAUUUACCAUGAAAUGUAUUUUGCAGUCAUAUUCUGCUGACUCUAUCUUCAUGACAAAUGCAAGUUUCAAGCAGCUUGGUAUUUGUUCACAGGAUAAUUUGUGAUGUUUUAAUGAACUAUCCCUGAAAGUUCUCUAUUCUGUGCAUUAAUGUAAAAAUAUUAGUUUCAAAAAAGGGAAAAGAAAUAAAGCUAUUUAGAAUCCCCUGCCUUUCUUUGUCUUUGGAUAUUUCCAAACUGAGCAGAAAUUGUCAAAUAUGUGACUAGUUAUGGAGAAUAUUUUAGAUCACCUCCACUGAGGCCUACUUGUGUUACAUGGCAUCUUUCCUUUGUCGCCCUACUUUGACCCCAUCUCCAGCAGGAGCUCAUGCCUUAAAUCCAAACGACAUUGUCUAACAAAAAGGUAGAAUAGUUGUUGUUUUUUGUAAAUUUUGUGUUUAUCACACUAGAGUUUAAAUUUUACAAGACAAAAUUAAAUAAUAUGAAAAUGAAAGAUUGUUUAUCACUACAUAUGUUGUGCCCAAAACUUUUUCUUUUCUUUUUUAUGUUCCAUGUCUUCAACAUUUAAUUAUUAAUAGACAGUAUGCUAUAUGUGCUAUAAUCAUUGAAGACCUAUAACACAUUUAUGAAAGCAGAGAACAUAAGUCUUAAGAUGUUUCCAAUGUGGCGUAAGAAGGAUUAAGACAUUUCCCUGAAGUAACAUUUGAAAAAUCACUUCAGUGUAAAAGUCCUGCAUUUAAAAUGUUGUAUUCACCUAAAUGUAUGUGGUAGAGU